GUUUAAUUGCUUUAAUUUUAGAUUCUGAGUUGCUAUGUGAUUAUAACAUUGUAGAAGGAAAUAAACUGCACUUGUUUAUCCGAGAAGAUGCUUCAAACACAACUCAACAGCCACCUGCAGAUUUUUAUGAACAGUUGCAGAAAUUUUUAGAAAAACAUUUUGCUCCUCAGGACGUUGAAAAAGUUUUAGAAGAAUUCCGUAAGAAUCUUUCUGAUCAGUUGAGACAUCUCAGUUUGGAUGAUAUUGAACGUAUUGCAACCUUCCAUUUGGACUCUGACAAAGACCAACAUUCUCAGCCAUGUGCCGCAGAACCCACCCCGAUGCACAACUAGAAUAUUACACUAAACGAUGGCGAUUUGGCUAUUAAAAUUCCAUUUUCCAUUAGAAUUAUAGUCUGAAGUAUGCUGCUGCUGAUUUUUAUGUACAAGACUGUUUCCUUUGUCUAGAAAUCUAAGACUUUAUAUAUAUAUGCCUUCUCAGAGUACCUUUUACUAAACUCAUUAUGUUAGGCGUGUGAAAAGUUUGGUAUUCUUGUUCUUCAAAAUACUAUACUUAAGCUAUCAUUGUUCUAAGUUUUUGUAUUUUUAAUGGUGGGAUAGUGUAUUUAUUGUCUGUGUUUGAAAAGAAUAUAAUGAUACCAUUCAGUGCUAACUCUUUGUGUAAUCAUUUAUAAAUAUUUUGUUUAAAGAUUUUUCCCACCAGGAGAAUUGUCUUGUUGCUGUCAUUUUAUAUAGUUAUUAUUUGCUUGAUUUAAAGUUGAUUGAUGAAGGCAUUAUAAAUUGUUCUAAAGCAAAGUAAUACAAUGGUAAAAAGUUCUUUAUUCUGUGCUUUUUAAAGUUGUAUUCAAAAUAAUAACAUUAACGAAUGACAGUAUUUGUGAAGUAAGUAUGUACAUAUUUGUGUCCUUCAAUCCCUGCUGUAUUAUACCUUAAAUUCGUCAGCACAUUAAAGAUGUCUUAACUUAAAUAUGUAUAUGUAUAUUCUUCUGUUACUUAUGCACCUGUCCUGCAGCUGAAAAAGAACACCAACUCAAAUACAAAUCAGCUUUAUUAAUUUUAAACAAUAUAUACAAUAGUACAGUUUACUGAAUUUUUGAUACAUGCAUUAUAAAAAACUUGAUGAUAAUGCUAAAAUGCUUUAAAUAUUUAAAUUAACUCGUCGACAUCUGUAGCAUGUUUGCAUUUGGUAUCUGGAAGGAAAUUUUCAGAAUUCUUGAAAUAUCUGAAUAGCAUUAGUUAUCCCUUCUUCAUAAAUAUAAAUUUCUUUCUCAUUUUUUAAAAAUUCUCAAGUUUCUGAAUCAAGCUUAGUGAAUUUCGUAUAGAGCAUUACAAUAUUUUUUCACUGAAGGAAGGAUAACAUUAUAUAUACAAUUCUUGAAAACAGAUAACUGCUUUUAAAAGUGGCUUUAAAAUCAUUAUUAUCCAUAUAAUGACUGAUGAUAAUGAAUUUAUUGUUCAUUGUUUUCUGAUUUUUUAACUUCAUUGUCAAAACAGUUUAUAAAAAACCAAGUUGAAGUGCAUGACGUACAGGAAUGUUAGCUACACUGCAUACACCAUCUUGUGAUUAGCACUAUUUACAAAUGUAAAAACUUGAAUGCUUAUUUUUCAUCACAGUUUCGCACUUAAAGUAAGGUACAUUCUUGCAAAAAGUAAUCUUUGGCUUUAAGUAAAUAAUUUCUUGGAAGUUUUUAUUAUACACUUUCUUUUUCAUUCAUUUGUAAAUUUUCUGUUCUGUCAACUGCAUUUUCUUUGUCCAGAACUGGUGUCACACCAACUCUAAGUCUCUGUAAGUAAUUAUGUGUAACAUAAAAAUAAGUAUAUCAUCCAUAAGGAUUUUAAUUUAUAUAUAUGAAAAAAACUGUGCAUGUUAUACAAGCUGAAAGACAAAUUGGGAGUUAUAAAAAGUCAUAGGCGAUCAAAAUAUUUGAGGAUUCAAUAAAUUUAACAUUUGAAAAGAAAAGAAAAAAAGUUUUUUCUAAGUAAAUAAAUCUCAAGUUUUUUAAAAAAUUAAUGCAUCAUACAAUGUUUGCUUUCAUAAAUUAUUAAUCUAGGAAUGCAAAAAGAAUUAUAAAGUUAGGACUUUAAAGGUAAUUAGCGUUGAUAUGAACUUUAAGAUGCAGAAAUUUGGCAUUUUUUAAAAAUCAAUUUAUAUUCAAAACAUUGAUUUUGGCUGUGAGUAAUGCAAUAUUAAUCAAAUAUUAUAAUUACAAUUUAAAAAUGCAUUUAUCUGUGUAAUGGUAAAUCUAAAAAAAUAAAACUUGAAUGUAUAAUAAAA